AUGCCUACUACCUCUGGUACAGUCAGCAGUUUUGACGGAGGGAACAAAAUCAUUGCCACUUUUGUUGUUGAUGGGGUGCAGUGCACCUUCAAUGGCAGCUUCGAUCCCCCAGUUGGAGACUUCAAUAGCUAUGAUGCAAAGCUUGACUACAGCGACAUCAAGCAGUUGACAACUCAGCGAGAAUUCAGUGGGAAAGUCAACUCUCAAAGCCUUGUAAUUGACACGAACAAUGGUGCAAAGAUCACCAGUCACUCCGAUACGCCGAUUUCUCCUGAAAACGUCAAACUUGAACCAAACCCUACUUUUACAACUAUAACUCCUUGUCAAUCAGUCCACAAAGGGUUCCAUUCUUCAACCUUCACCAUGUACAUUCAACCCACCCAAUCAAGCACGAGCCUUCCAAGGCUUUCAGCCCGCGGACAUCCUUACUACUGGCCCUGGGACGACUGGGGUGAUAGCAACAAAAAUCAAAAUCAAAAUAACCAAAACCAAGCAGUGAAACAGGAUAUGAACACCCACAUCAGUGUAAACCCGGGGGGUUCAUCCGGUCGUUCCAAAGCUGCGGCUUCGGAUUCGAACUUUAUGCAUCUGUUGACCUUUGGAUUCAUCGGGGCCAUACUUUUGUUCGUGAUGUUUCUGGGUUGGCAGAGCUCUAAGAAGGAGGAAGAGGAGAAGAAUGCGAACGAGGGUGGAGACGACAAGAAAGAUGAGGAGGCUCCAGCGUCUGCGGACGUUUCGUCCAAGACAAAGCCGAGGCACGAUCCAGCCGAAGUCGAGGCGAAAAUGGCAGCAUGGCAGAGCGCGCUGUACUGGGCAUGA